CUCCCGGGGCUGUUCGUUCCUCGUCCUGGUUCUUUAUAGCAUCUUGUCUGGGGCCGCGGGAGCCCUUUGACUCGCCAGACCCUGGAGACAUAUGGGAUGUUAGCUCCCCCACCAAAGACUGAACCAGGGAUGAAGUCCACAACCCCUGCAUUGGAAGGCAAAGUCUUAACCACUGGACCACCAGGGAAGUCCCUGAACAUUGGUUUUUGAAUGGAGAAAGAUGUGACAGAAAAUACAUAUCUCUUUAAUCCUGGCUACUUUGUUGGGGAAAGGAGCAAAAAUGGUCCACUUUUUCACUUGGCACAGAGGGACAGCCAGAGCCUGAAAAGUGUGGCUGAGACCUACACAGCACCGUUGGACUUGAAGAUGGCCCUUAUUCAGACCAAUAAGGAUCUCAUUUCCAAAGGAAUAAAGGAAUUCAACACCCUGCUAAAUCAGCAGGUCUUCAGUGAUCCUGCCAUCUCUGAAGAAGCCAUGGUGACGGUGGUGAACGACUGGGUGAGCUUCUACAUCAACUAUUACAAGAAGCAGCUGUCGGGGGAGCAACAGGAGCAGGACAAGUUUCUGCAGGAGUUUCGGCAAGAGCUCGAUACCCUGUCUGCCUCUUUCCUGGAGAAAUAUAGGAACUUCCUGAAGUCCUCGUGAGCAGCCCCUCACACGCUGCCUUUCUCCUAGCCCAGAGACCCAGGCUGCAAGUCUAAGAAACCCUUAAACGCUGCCUCUGUGUUCUAGUCCUCAGGCUCUGCUCCUUCAUGGUGUUGCUGCACCCUGACACCUCAAUAAAGACCAGUUCUGGUUGCGGUGGUCUUCC